AGAGUUUGCAAAACUUAAUGAUUCACCACUUCCCUCCCAAUGACAGCUCUCAAGUAUCCAUGGUCAAGACCACCGCUGUGGCCAUUGACAAGGACAAGAACAGCCCUCAUGCCGUCCGGUGGGCCAUGGACCAUGUUGCAGCUAACAAAACCAACUCUCUCACUGUCAUCCACGUUAGGCACAAAGGCAGUAUCCAACAUCAUGUGUAUGUAUCUGUUGAUAGUUAUGCAGAUCAGGGCGGAAGUGAUUAUGGAGAACCAAGCGAUCACUCUCACGAUGCCAAUGACCUGAUCUUCAUGCCCUACCGCUCAUAUUCUGUUCGUAAAGGGAUUCAAUUGAAAGAGGUGCUCCUUGAAGAUAAUGACGUUCCUAAAGCACUUUUGGACUAUAUAUACAAGAACUGCAUCGAAAGUAUUGUUGUUGGUGCAUCUACAAGGAAUGCCCUCUCAAGGAAGUUCAAAGCAUACGAUGUGACAGCUAGUUUGAUGAAAUCUGCACCAAGUUUCUGUUCUGUGCAUGUGAUUUCGAAGGGGAAGAUACUUUCAUUGCGAAGGGCACCAAGGCCUCUGUCUAAUACAGUUACCCCACCUAAACACUCAUUAUCAUCUCUUGUGGGACUCCCACCACCACCUCCUGAUCUCGGCGGAGAAGACAUGAGACCAGCUUCACGGUGGAGAAGUGCAGGUUCUGAGAGAAUGUUGCACUUGGAAAGGGGCAAUGAUACACCGAUAGCAGCAGCAGCACGCGAGAGGGCCAGGAAUAGUCCGACCAAUCUCUCAAUGGAGAAUAUGGAAUUUCAAAACCGUGCUCCAAGGCCUUCAUUUGGCCGUGAUUCUCCGCAGUCCAUUGACAGUAGUACUGAUCCUUCACGAGGGGCAAUGAUGUUCGGAUCCAUAAAUUUCAGCAUUCCAUCUACCAUGGACACCUGGGGCAGACAGCCUCCACGAGAUGUAGAAGCUGAGAUGAAAAGAUUGAAGCUCGAACUGAAGCAAACCAUGGACAUGUAUAGCUCAGCUUGCAAAGAAGCAAUCUCAGCCAAAAAUAAGGCUAGAGAGCUUCUUCAAUGGAAGCUGGGGGAAGCUCGCAAGUUUCAAGAAGCGAGGCUUGCUGAAGAAACAGCUAUUGCUAUUGCGGAAUUAGAGAAAGCCAAGUGCAAAGCUGCCAUUGAAGCAGCAGAGGCGGCACAGAUGCUAGCGGAGAAGGAAGCACAGAGAAGAAAACAGGCAGAGAUGAAGGCCAGGCGAGAGGCAGAACAGAAGGAUCGGGCCUUGUCUGCAAUGACUCAUAAUGAUGUCCGGUAUAGGAAAUAUAGCAUAGAAGAGAUUGAAAAAGCAACUGAGGAUUUUUCUCAAUCAAUGAAAAUUGGUGAAGGUGGAUAUGGACCUGUGUAUAAAGGCUUACUUGAUCACACCCCGGUUGCCAUCAAAGUUUUGAGACCAGAUGCUGCUCAAGGGAGGAAGCAAUUCCAACAGGAGGUUGAGGUCCUUAGCUGCAUUAGACAUCCUAACAUGGUCCUCCUCCUCGGUGCAUGCCCUGAGUAUGGAUGUUUGGUUUACGAGUUCAUGAACAAUGGCAGCUUAGAAGAUAGGCUGUUUCGAAGAGGGAACAGCCCUCCACUUUCCUGGAGAAGACGAUUCCAAAUUGCUGCUGAGAUUGCCACUGCACUUCUAUUCCUUCACCAAACAAAGCCGGAACCUCUUGUGCACCGGGACCUUAAGCCUGCCAACAUCCUCUUAGACCGUAAUUUUGUGACCAAAAUCAGUGAUGUUGGCCUGGCACGCUUGGUCCCUCCUUCCGUGGUUGACAGUGUCACACAAUAUCACUUGACUUCAGCUGCAGGGACUUUUUGUUACAUAGAUCCUGAGUAUCAGCAAACUGGCAAGUUGACAACCAAAUCGGACAUCUACUCAUUGGGGAUAAUGCUACUCCAAAUCAUCACAGCCAAGCCUCCGAUGGGUAUUGCUCACCAUGUUCAAAGGGCCAUUCAAAGAGAUACUUUUGCAGAGCUGCUUGACCCUUCUGUGACGGACUGGCCUUUUGAUGAGGCACUGGCAUUCGCUAAAUUGUCAUUGAAGUGUGCAGAGUUGAGGAAGAAAGACAGGCCAGAUCUUGGCACGGUUAUAUUGCCGGAGCUCAACCGGUUAAGAGAGCUUGGAAGGACUAGCGAUGCAAGCACUAGUCAUGGGUACAGCAGUAGUAGCCAGAGUCAGAGCCAUGCAUCACGUGAUUCUGCAUCAUCUACACAUGACAGUCAAGGGCAUUAAACGAGAACUAGGUUUGUGAUUUCCUCUAUGUUGGCAGACUCUAUCUGGAUGUUCAAAAUGAUUAAUUCGAUUAUUGUUGUUGUAUUUCAUCAUUCCUGCUCAUUUGUGGGCAGCAUAAAUGCAUUAUCUUCGAAACUGUUGGUAUUUCAAACGUAUUGUUCUAAUAUUAACUCACUAGCUAGGAGCCAACCCAAGACAACUGAUGCAGCAUUGAACCAAUAUGAGUAAUUCUACAUAUAGUCGUGGAAUA